AUGAGAGGCUGACCAAGGCAGGAGGGCAGCAGCAGGAGUUGUAAGAUCCACUGGGUGCUUUCUGGAGGCAAUGGAGGUGUCAGAUGUGUGGACCCACAGGAUGAAGAGGAGAUCACGUCUCUGCAAUGGCAAUGUCAGGAGUCCAGGGGAGGGAGGCCAGCUGCGAUGGUAGUGGCUGUAUCCAGGCCUUUGAAGUUCACAGCCGAGGGAAGGUUGUAGAGGAGGAGCCCUACAUUGCGUGGAAAUAGCCGGUGGGCUGCUGGGGAGGCUGGUAGCAUAGCACAGAGGGCUUGCGGCCGAGCUUCUCUAGGGAUGAAGCCUGCUGCAUGCACAGGCCUUUAAUGACCAAAUAUAGCCAGUAGCUAUGAGAAGCACAAUGCAUUGCCUACUGUGCAGGGACUGUGCCUCCUCCAGCAGCCCUUCUCCCACAGCUGCCCUGUGGGCGACUCACCAGAUUUGCCCAUCCUCUGCCUGUUCACCCAUAGUGCCUCUUCCCAUUCAUUCUACCAAAUGAAACCCAAAUGUCCUUCGUCUUCCCUACACACCUUCGCUUUCACUGCUGUCAUUGUUUUCUCAGUGUUCAAUUUGCCUCUGGCAAGACUAGGCAGAGAAGGCUGAGCUGGGAGGAACUGAAUUAUACCACUGUGUGAUUCACAAAGAUGACUGUGGAAAUACCCAAACCUGGCACUGUGCAAUUAAAGCUCUGUGUCAACCUGCCAUCCCAGUUUUUCCUGGAAAUCUUGUAUCUGGCUGCAUUCUCUGAUGCGUAGGAUGCUAUCUGAUGUUUUGGGAUUUAUGGGGUACAGUGUUACCACAAACCAGUCAGAAGAUGUUUAUUCACAGCGUAAGGGGGGGGUGGAUGACAUCAGAAAAUCAGACAAGAAUAUCUCGUUAUAGAAUAAGAAUCAAACAGGAAGAGAAAAUAAUUAAUCAUAGCCAAACAGGGGUCAGGGUUUGGAAGUAAUUCAGGAGGGAGGCAGGGAAUGUUUGAAGAAGUGAAAAUAAAAAGUCAGUAGGGCUCUGGAUAAAAGAAAUGGACCAAGUUCAGUGCAUCACUCAAGGCGGAAUAAUUAGAAAUGUAACAUUGCUCAGAGAGGGUCAAGUGGUGGCAAAUUUCAAGAAUACUCUUUUAAAGUGUAUUCUAGGGAAAAGGCAAGGUUGGCAACAGAGGAAUUGGUAGCUGGAAAUAGAGAGGAGACCUCAGCUGAGAGGGUAAAGGGGCUGAAUGAAGUUGUCUCAAAGGCUUUAACAUCAGGGGAUUUGAAGUAACAGAAUAAAACAACCAGGAGGCUGCACUGAGCAGAGGAGGGAGGUCGCCUCUCAGGGUGUGCUUGCUAAAUCUCUGAGGCUCAAGGAAUCAGGCUGACUAUUCCUAACAUUUUAAGACUUCACUAAAAUUAACCUCCCAGUCAUUUUUGAUGGGAGCCCCUUGCCGUGCUGGUUUACUCUGAUGCUCCUUUCCUCAAAGGCCACCUGAAAACAGGGCAGGCCAGGCAGGCUUAGUAGUAUUCAUCGCUGGGGACAGCAGCUUACCUUGUCAAGGGGAAUGGUUAUCAUAUGGGUUUGGAGAGAGUAGGAAAUAUCUCUGGCUGAAGACUUGAUCCUAACUGGGAAAGCACAGCUGCCUUAGGCAAUGUAUGUAGUGCUUCAUAUGUGCCUCAUUCCUGUGCACCCCAAAUUAGCUCAGAAAGCACUUUUGUUCCCUUCUUGAGGAUGCACUGAGGUUCCCCUGGAGUCUGGUUUGCCCCUUGUCUUGUCCUUGUGCUUAACUUCCUGCUUCUGAAUGUGCUGUGUUAGAAGAAACUGAUUCUUUUCCAGGACUACAGGAUUACUGAAGUCAGUGUUUCUCCUGCCAGCAAGAACAGUUUGUUUUAUCCCCAGAGAGCACUUUCAGGACCAUGCAACAUUCGUGGCCACUCCUGAGCAGUUGAUACACACCAGAGAAAUCAGAUGAAGAUUAAAUCCAACUGUUCUUCAGCUUUCUGGCAAAGCUGAGUCAAAACAAGUGGUGGCAAAAGUUAAAGGUGUUACUUCAGGGAUGAAUUUGGACCUGCUUGACUUCGGAUUGGAGCUGAUGCUGCACAAACUCUGCCCUUUCAGCCAGGGCUAGGGACAUUUUCACCAGGCAAAUGUCAGUCCCUUACUGCUUCUCUUAGCUGGCAGAGCAAGGGUACUGUGCUCAGCUUCAUGCACCUGUAGAUCUGUGGACCCUCCAAGCAGGGAUGGCAGCAGGUCUGUGAGCAAGGAGCUGCUGCUUUCUGCUCCGGUGGAGAGGCCACAAUUAGCACCUGUAUGCUCUCAGCUGUCAAGCCGAUGUCCCUUAGAUUAUUUAUAUAACCUGGAAAAUUCUGUAGGUUCUGCUAAUCAACUCCAUCGCUGGUAAUUACCAUGUUACAUCAUUCCUCUCCAAGCCUGAUCCUUUAUUAGCAUACUCCAGGAGCCAUCUGCCCAUCCAAAUCAUCUGCAGCCUCAGGGGAGCUGCAAGGGACGUGACAUCCUCGCAACACAACCUUGUUUGUCAGUGGCAUAGUAAGGAGGUUGAGAGGGAUGGCAAUGGCCUUCCCUUGACAAGUUCAGUGCAGUGAAUGUGAGCAGUGCUUAGAGGGAGGGGACCUGUGAGUUACCAUCCUGUCCCACAGCACCCUGUGCCUUCUUCCCUCAGCCCAUUCUCUGAGCCCACCAGAGCCCUCAGCCCAGUGCUGGCCUAGGCCAAUCAUGGCAGCUCCCUCCUUUCCUUUCAUUUCACAUUUCCAUGCAAUUUCCCUGGCUUUCAAGAACAAGACUUCAAGGCACAGGUAGAAGUAAUGUAGUCCCUUAGUAAAAGGGCUGUUUGGGGUUGGGUUGGGGUUUUUUUGUUUAUUGUUUGUUGUUGUUUUGUUGGUUUUGUUGUUGUUGUUUUUUGUUGGUAGGUUGGUUGGUUUUUGUUGUGGAUUUUUUUAUUUUCUUGGAUAAAGGCUCCGUUUUGUUUGGCAGGUCCCUGAUACAAAGCAUCUGAUAAUUCCACCAUUAUUAAAUACCUUUAGCAAUAAAUCACCGAAGAUGGAAGUCAAGGUAAAAUCAAAAGGUACCAAAGGAAUAGACUAAAAAUAGGGUGAAUUGUGAAAGGGCUGGAAAGAGGACACUCCUACAAGUGUCGUGCACAGCUCUGAGCUUACUGAGCAUUUUCUUUAGCGAGUUGGUAAGAAGAGUUGCUGUGCUGCAGGGAACUGCCCAGCAGGAGACAGAGCUGCACAUCCAGGGGAGCAAGAUGGGGGAACUGACUCUCAAAGACAUGCGGAAAACCACCAAGUGAGGUUUAUGCAGUGCUUUGCUCCAUACCUGCAGCAAAACAGAAGGGGCCCAGAAGGUGGUCCUGUGUCUGACAGGUGAAGCAUCACUGUCUUAACAGGUUUCAGGUAACUCCUGCAGUGAAAGGUGUAUGAGCCUAACUUUGUUGCCAUCUGAAACAGGCAGUAUGGUUUAUUCAAAUGGAAAAAGCAAGAACGAGGAAGGGAUUAAGAGUUUGCAGUGGGCUUCUGUGGGGUCAGUGUCCCUGGGAGGGAUGGCAGGAAGGCCCCUUGCAGGCUGAGCCUCAGGAUGGCAGAUCGAAGCUUAGCUGCUGCAGGUGUGCCUUGCAGCAGCAGCAGCCUUGUACUGCUGGUGCUAUUUAAAAAGCAGCAGCAGGCUGGAGACUUGUGCUGAGCAAUUCUGCAGAGCCAAUGAAGGCACUUUCUAUAUGCCUGUACGUAAAUGCAUAUCUUGAAUGUGGGGGGAGCCUUGAUAUCUGAUGGUGUCACAGAAUAGCAAGCAGCUGUUUCUGUAAAGGAAGAGACAUAGGAGACCUCCGAUGAGACUGAUGAUUAUUGCCAUGCUUAUGAGAAAGAGGAGGAUGUUGCAGGCUGUCACCACCAGUGACCACGCUGAACAAGCCACAACCCAUCAUGGGCAGGUGUUAUAGGCUGAAGCAGAGCCUCAAGUAACAACCUUGCAGCUGUGCAGUGGGAUCUGCCGAAGCCACAGCCCAGCUCCUCCCCACCUGGGGCUGUGCAGCAGCAGUGUGACAGAGUUAAGGGGUUGCCAGCAUAGGGCCUGCAUGUGUGCCUAAUGAAAAUACAGGAGUGUGGCAUCAGUGGGCUUGGUGCAUUGGUGCCAUGUGUACAACAUCAGUGUUCUGGGGCUCUUUUCCUUGGGGUAGGCUGAACAUGAGAGAAGCGCUGGUAGAUCUUAUCUCAGUGUUAGCAUCUUUAUUAAAACAGGUUCGGCGCUCGCUGCACUCGGGGUGGGGAGUGUAAAAAUGUGGGAUCCUUGCAGUGCUUUGUGGGAACGCUGUGUGUGUGUGUGUGUGCGCACAGUUUGUGUUACAGGCGGCUAUGCGGAGGCAGCGGGGGCCUGGCGAGAUCGGAGAGAUUCAGUAAUAAAGAGGAACAGCGCGGGUGGGUAGGGCCGGGCCGGGCAGCGGGGCGGUGCUCGGCGGGGGCUUGACAAGGCUCAGCUGUGUGGCUCGGCCGUGCCGUGCCGUGCCGGUGGGACCAUGCCGUCCUACACCGUCACCGUGGCUACGGGCAGCCAGUGGUUCGCGGGCACCGACGACUAUGUGUACCUGAGCCUGGAGGGCACUGCGGGCUGCAGCGAGAAGCACCUCCUGGACAAACCCUUCUACAACGACUUCGAACGCGGCGCGGUUGACUCCUAUGACGUGACGGUGGAAGAAGACCUUGGAGAAAUUCAGCUAAUAAAAAUUGAGAAACGAAAAUAUUGGUACCAAGAUGACUGGUACCUUAAGCACAUCACUGUCAAAACACCACUGGGCGAUUACCUGGAAUUCCCAUGUUACCGUUGGAUUACGGACGAGAAAGAAGUUGUCCUUCGAGACGGAAGAGCAAAGCUCCCCCGGGAUGACAAGACCCAGAUACUCAAGCAGCACAGACGCAAAGAGCUUGAGGAUCGUCAGAAAAUGUACCGCUGGAAGGAGUGGCAUCCUGGCUUUCCAUUGAGCAUUGAUGCCCAUUGUCACAGUGAGCUGCCCCGUGACAUCCAAUUUGACAACGAGAAAGGAAUCGACUUCAUUCUGAACUACUCCAAAGCGAUGGAGAAUCUCUAUAUCAACCGUUUUAUGCACAUGUUCCAGUCUUCCUGGAGUGACUUUGCAGAUUUUGAGAAGAUCUUUGUGAGAAUCAGUAACACAAUCUCUGAAUAUGUGAUGCAGCACUGGAAAGAAGAUUUUAUGUUUGGCUACCAGUUCCUGAAUGGCUGCAAUCCUGUGCUGAUACGGCGAUGCACAGAGAUUCCCAAGAAAUUGCCAGUGACCAGUGAUAUGGUAGAAUGCAGCCUGGAGAGGAACUUGACCCUGGAGGAAGAAGUGAAGCAAGGAAACAUUUUCAUUGUGGACUAUGAACUGCUGGAUGGCGUGGAUGCCAAUAAGACAGACCCAUGUACAAUACAGUACUUGGCUGCACCCAUCUGUUUGCUGUACAAGAAUCUGGAGAAUAAAAUAGUACCCAUUGCAAUCCAGCUUGGUCAAAAGCCUGGACCAGAAAAUCCCAUUUUCCUUCCUUCAGAUGCCACCUAUGACUGGCUGCUGGCCAAAAUUUGGGUUCGCUCAUCUGAUUUCCACAUCCACCAGACAGUGACCCAUCUCUUACGGACACACCUUGUCUCAGAGGUGUUCAGCAUUGCCAUGUUCCGGCAGCUGCCUGCUGUACAUCCCCUCUUCAAGCUGUUGGUGCCACACAUGCGAUUCACAAUAGCCAUCAACACCAAAGCUCGAGAACAGCUCAUCUGUGAAUGUGGCCUUUUUGACAAGGCAAAUGCCACAGGUGGAGGAGGACACGUGCAAAUGGUUCAGAAAGCAAUGAAGGAUCUGACUUACAGCUCACUCUGCUUCCCUGAAGAUAUCAAAGCUAAGGGGAUGGACAGCAAAGAGGAUAUCCCCUACUACUAUUACCGAGAUGAUGGCAUUAGAGUUUGGGAGGCAAUAAAGAGUUUUGCAGAGGAUGUGAUUCAAAUCUACUACGAGAGCGAUGAGGUGGUGUGUGAAGAUGUGGAACUCCAGGCCUUCGUCAAAGACAUUUACAUGUAUGGGAUGAGGGGCGUGAAGGCCUCAGGGUUUCCUAAGGUGAUCAAGACACGGGAGAAGCUAGCAGAAUAUCUCACAGUGAUAAUAUUCACCACAUCAGCCCAGCACGCAGCUGUGAAUUUUGGUCAGUAUGACUGGUGCUCCUGGAUUCCCAAUGCCCCACCGACAAUGCGCUGCCCUCCUCCGACAGAAAAGGGGACAGUCACCAUUGAGCAGAUUGUGGAGAGUCUGCCAGACAGAGGGCGUUCUUGUUGGCAUCUGGGAGCUGUCUGGGCCUUGAGUCAGUUCCAGGACAAUGAACUGUUUCUGGGCGUGUAUCCGGAUGAACAUUUUGUGGAGAAGCCGGUGAAAGAGGCGAUGGCAAAAUUCCGCAAGAAUCUGGAUGAGAUCGUCGGCGCCAUCACUGAGCGCAACAAGAACAAAAAGCUCCCUUACUACUACCUGUCCCCAAAUCGCAUUCCCAACAGUGUUGCUGUUUGAGCAACAAGGAGAGCUCAGCAGAGCAUAAACCCAGUGCAUGUUUUCCUGUUACAUAUGGUUCACAUUAGAGACCUUUCAGAAAUUUGUAAAAUAACAAACAUGCCCUCUCCAUCGGAGCUGACCCAUGCUCUAUUUUGGCUUUCAAAGCAAAUUUAACUAUGACAAAUCUUGCACACAGUUUAGCUGGCGACUCCUUAGGUCAAAUUUUUUACAAGCUUGUAUCACCAAGAUUUUUAUAUUACCCUUAGAAUCAAUACCUGCAUUAGUGUUAGCUUUCCCUUUCCCAAUCAAAACAAAGAAAUCACAGAAAUUACACUGCUUUCAAGCUGAGUACUGCCACGCUGUGUGUGAGAAUUGGACAUAGCAGUGAAAAGGUACUGAAUGAAGAUGGGUGUCUUCACAUUCCUCAUUUCGCUCAUCUGAUUCAAUGAAAAUAGUAUCAGGAGCAAUAAACAGGUCUUUUAAAUCCUUCCUAUUUUUAAUAGAUGAUGCUCAUGACUUGAAUUCAUAGUCUUUCAAGUUUGUGUGUUGUUCAUAAACUGAUUUAAAAACUUACAUUACGUAUUUUCACUACAACUUUGAAUGCUCCAGUCAGGAUGAAGGUAAAAGCAGAGCAUUUUUGUAACACAGACAAGAGUUUUUAUCACCUUCUUGUAGCGAAGUCACUUUUCUCAUCUAAAAUGAGAAAAUCUGGUUUAUAGGAAAUGACUUAUUUUAUCUAUAUGUACCUAUGUAUUUUCUACAUAAAACUAGUAAGGUUUGUUUCAGCAUCUGCCAGAAGAGUUCUCUGUCACUGAUAUGCAUGGCAAAUGUUUUGCUUGGCACAGUAAUAAGUACAGACUUAGUGGUAUUCUCAGCUUCAUUGCUGAGAAGGCUGGGCAUUGUGGGCAGCUUCUUUUGUUCUGGGAGGGAAGAAAAUGCUACUUUCUAUAAAGGUUAUGGAGAAAGGUCAAAUAAUGGCUUCUAAGAAGGAUCCUUGGAUUUGACCAAUUAAGUAUAAUCUGUUCCACCUUAGAGAUGUCUGAGUUGUGACUGUUAUAUUCAGAGAUGAUUAGGCUCAAGUAUCUGGGCUUUGGUUAAAGGUUAGGAGUCACAGAGAUAACAAAAGGGAAAAGUGAGGUUUAGGAAAUCUAAGAGCAGUAGUUUAAUUAAUAACACUUCUGCAUUUUUCCCAGAUUUUUUGUACUAGUGGUGUAAGCUGCAGUGUUUGUUUUGUUAUUUGUUUUUUAAAUAUAUGAGAAAGCUGCUUAUGCUAAUAAAACAGAACUGAAUAAGAAAAUCUAGCUUUUAUUUCUUAACUCACUUUCUAAUGCUCUAUGUUUUGGAGAACUUGUUAGGAAUAUAAGGCUUAUAUAAGGAAGAUAAGGUGUUGUGUAGAGAAAUGAAGCUCCUGUAUGUUGAGAAAAUACAGUUAUUUCUGUCACUCUUGUGAGUUUCAAAUAAGAUUGGUGUUAAAGUGUCCUUCAUGCUUCAUAUGAAAUACAGAAUCAGAAAGGACAACUAUUUUAGACCCUUGAUGGUAGUCUGAUUUCCUUUUUCUUCUACCAGUGAAAGAGCUUCAGCAAAAAUGUGGACAGUGAGGACACUUCCUUCUCUUGAGGAAGUAUGCUUAUGACUUGUGUGUUUUCUUCUUACCACAGCCCAUGAGAAUGAUGGCUGCAGGCACCAAGGCGUGCGAUUGUAAGUGGUGAUGGAAGACAGACAGAGGGCCAGAGACCAUAGCAUGCAAACCACAGAAACAAAAAAAAAUGCUGAAUUUCACAACAAGCUGAUGCAAUAUAUCCAGUUCAUGCUCCUAGCUCAUGUUCUUCCCCUGUAUAUGGUGAAUGUCUUAUUGCCUCAGCCUUCCUAUAAUAAUGAUCUGCACAGUCGAGCACUUCUCUGGAAAAAAUAUAGAGAACCUGAGGCCUGGUCUCUUGCAUCUGUUCCCUUGCAUCCCACCCUGUGGACCUGGGUCUGAGGGGAAGUUUGGGGAAUUUGUUGUGCAGCUUUCAAGGUGGAUGCCUGAUUUAACUGCAGCAGAGGCUGUGGAAUGAUGUGAGGAGGUUAAAGGUAACACUAUCACUAUUAAGGAAGCAAAUACGAGCAAAUACCAAAGUAAUUAUUUUCUCCCAGCUUAUUCCCUGCUCCCUUUACACCAGUCAGCAUUCACCAGAAAGAGACCUUCUUGUGUGUGGCCUGUGAGUUGUUUCACUGCAUCCUGCUUGAACAAAUGUGUCCCUGAGGUCAUGUUUCUAAGGUCCUGUAGUGUCCACUCCCAAGAUUACUUCUGGGCAAACAUGAAAGGACCAACCCUCUCUGAAGUGGGUCUCAAGUGAGUGCACUCAACUGAGUGAUAGAUGUGAGAUGAUGCACAUUUAAAGGAUAUUUAACAGGUUUGAAAAGUCAGUGGCAUGUGUCUUGGCUGGAUGGCUGAUGGCCAGUAUGUAACCUGCCUUCUCAGCUCCAGCACCCUUGCUGUCUUUCCCAGUUGCAGUGAUUUCUUUAUCGACUGGGAGUCGUUCACUGCUGAAUGCUCUGGCAGAGAUUCAGAAGGCUCUGUUAUCUCUGUCCUCCUCACAGUGCUUGGUCACAGAAGAGGGCACUUCAACUAUGAAACACCAUUAGUGGUAGUGAGAAUAGGAGAAUACUUCCCAGCACCUUUGGCUUUACAAGUAGAGGAGAAACCCUAAUGCUUUCUCCACAGACAAAUUACAAAAAAGAGGAGAAAAGGAGGACUUGAGAGGAAGAAGAGGCAUUAACAGGAGGACAAGCAUUUCCCUGAAUAUUUGAUUUUUUGGGCUCAUUGGUGACAGGGAGGACUUAGCCCCCUGCAGCCAUCCCUGCUCUCAUCACUGACCUCCCAUGUUUUCCCCCUUUAGCGGACUGAGAUUCAGGUUAAUUCUCAAGCUCUCUUCUGGGUUGCAUGAGAGAAUACCCUCCCAGCCACCUGCCCAGUUGGGUUGCCAUUGCUCUGUCCCAUUCCUCUGCCCAAAGGUGAUUCAGUUCCCUAUUCACACCCAUACAGUUCUAGUGGGCAGAUCUUAUGUUCCUGUUUGGCUACUCAGAAUUUUUUGCUCCGUUGCGUACAGGGCAGAACAGGAAACAUCCCCCAGAAUAUUUGUUUCUAAAGAGCAAAUUUUAAUCAGCAUCUGAUUUUCCUACUGCAGGAGUAGCUAAGUGGUAUCUUAAGAAGUAAUUGUAUGUGCUGAGAUGUAGCACAGAGUGCUUACUGUGUAUCAUUUGUACAAUAAAGAGGAAU